AUGGACUGGUCUAGAGGGCGAACCGUUGGUCGUGGCUCCUCGGCCACCGUCUCGAUGGCUAAGGCCAACCGAUCCGGUCAAGUCUUUGCGGUUAAGUCAGCUGAGCUAUUGCAAUCCGAGUCUCUCCGCAACGAGCAAGGUAUUCUUUCAACGUUAAUGUGUCCGCAAGUUGUAGCAUACAAGGGGUGUGACAUUACUAAUGAAAAUGGUAAGGUCUUCUACAAUCUUUUCUUGGAAUAUGUAUCCGGCGGCACGCUUAUCGAUGCAAUUCGGGACGGUGGAGGCUGUCUCAACGAGGCUAUGAUUCGAUUAUAUGCUCGGACAAUCUUGCUUGGUCUUGAUUAUCUUCAUUGUAAUGGUAUAGUGCAUUGCGACAUUAAGGGUCAAAAUAUUUUGGUCACUAGUGAUGGGGCAAAAAUUGCUGAUUUGGGCUGUGCUAAACGCGUGGAUAAGGUGUCGGGUGCUGAUUGGGCAACGACAUCGUCAAUAGCAGGCACUCCACUUUACAUGGCACCUGAGGUGGCGCGUGGUGAACACCAAGGUUUCCCUGCUGAUAUCUGGGCUGUUGGGUGCACUGUUGUCGAGAUGGCCACCGGACAAGCUCCAUGGGUGAAUGUCUCAGAUCCAGUCUCAGCUCUUUACCAAAUUGGGUUUUCAGGCAACAUGCCAGAGAUUCCAAGCUUCAUGUCUAAGCAAGCUAAGGACUUUUUAAGCAAGUGCUUGAAGAGGGACCCAAAGGAAAGGUGGUCAGCCAGCGAAUUGCUUCAGCAUGAUUUUUUUAUCGAUAUUGAGCCAAAUUUUAUCACUAAUAGCUCUAACGUGGACACUCCAACAUGUGUUUUGGAUCAUGUCUUAUGGGACUCCAUAGAGGAGUCAGAGACAACUUGGGAUUUGACCCAUAAUAGUCCUUCGAUCUCUCCACUUGAAAGAAUCAAGCAAUUGACUUCUGGCAAUGGAAAAGUACCCACUUGGUCAUGGGAUGAUACUUGGGUCACAGUACGAAGCAAUAACGGUAGCAAAGAACAAGAAACGGUUUCUUGUAGUGAGGAUUAUAACUUAGCAUAUGCUGAUGGAUUCAUUGGUCAUAGUGGGGCAGAGAUAGCUUGGGUUAGUAUGGAAUAUAACUUUGUCGUUCUCGUUGAACCCACAGGCAUUAGUGGGAAUAAUACAUGUAACACUAGCUGUAGUGAUGACAGUAGGCAUAAAAUAUUCUUGAUGCCUUGUGAAUGUAGAAAAGAUUUUUUGUGUGGCAAUUCAAAUUUUAUGAAGGGAAUAAAGUUCUGUUUUCUACGUACAUGGCAUAUCUUCAUAUUUUGCAGGCCUUAA